AUGGGCCUCGACGUCACUGAAAUGCUUACCCAAACAGAUUCUCCCUUAUACGGAAUCAUCCCAAGCAAUGCAGUUAUCCCACUAGGACAAGUCGUCCUACCAGUCACCUUCGACACCAAAGAGCAUUACCGCACAGAGUAUAUCAAGUUUGAGGUGGCUAACUUCGAGACUUCUUCUCACACCAGCCUCGGAAGACCAUCCCUAGCCAAGUUCAUGGCCAUCCCACACUACGUGUACCUGUUACUAAAGAUGCUAGGACCAAAAGGAGAGCUAUCUCUUCGUGGAGACUUGAGACCAUCCUAUGACUGUGACACGGAAGCUGUUGAGAUAGCCGCGACUACUCAAAUCCCCAGCUCCAUGCAACAAGUUUUCACUGCUUCAAAAAAGCUUACCCUAGCGGAGCUUGAAAUUCCAGAAAACAAGUCGGGGGCCACCAAAGUCAAGCCAGCAAAUGACAAGGACUUCAGAGCCAUUGACCUCAAGAUUGGGGACUCAAUAAAAAAGCCCUAA